UGGUACUAUAAAUAUAUGAUCAACAGUUCUCUAAUUUAGUUAAGUGCGAUUUGAACAUUUCAAGCUGGUUAACAUUUAAGAUUUUUCACGACAAAAAGUUUGAAAAUGAAGAGAAACGUCCUGCUGCUAUUGGCUAUUGUAUCAUCACUUUGUAUAAUUGAUGAAUGUAACGGAUAUAGUUGGCCAAGGUUGCCACGGAUACCGAGAUUACCGCGAUAUCCAAGAUAUCCAAGAUAUCCAAGAUGGCCAAGACAUCCAACAAUAUAUGCAGGACGAAAACGAGCCACGUUCGAUAAUGACAUUCAAGAUGAAGACAUCGAGAUUGGGAACCUUGAAGACGGACAUAUAGAUGAACGAAAUGUCAAUAUGAAUGAUGAUGUUACGAAUGAUAUCGACGAGCGUUUCAUGAAUGAUAUCGACGAGCGUGACGUGAAUGAUAUCGAUGAACGUUACGUUGAUGAUUCACAAGAUGAUGACUGAUUUAAGAUGUCUUCAUCCAAUUUAAAUGCAGAUUAAAUAGAAUUUGGCAACAUCUAA